CAGGAUUUUCCUUCAAAUAUUUUCAGUUUAUAUAAAGUUAUCUUGUUGAAGCUAUGGGAGAUAUACACCUUCCUAUAGUAUUUAUAAAUAAGGAAGGAACAGAUCGACAAUUUGAGGGAAGAAAACUCAUCUCUGCAUUCCAGGAAUAUGGAUUCUGUUUAGUUGGAGGGGUGCAAGGAUAUGACCCUGAGCUUGCUUUAUCCCUCGCAAAAUGGUUCUUUCUCUCUCUCAAAACAGACCAAAAGAUGAAUCUUGCAACUAAAGGGUUUGUAUCGGAAAACAAGAAUGUAUAUCGAGGAUAUUUCCCAAUACAGCCAGGGAAUCUCAGCUAUAAGGAGGGGUUCGAGGCAGGAGAACAUAUUCAAACCAUAGAAGAUAACCCUCUCCUAGAAAACACCCCUUUUCCAAAUAUUGAGGGAAUGGAAAAAGAAUGUGAAUGGUUUAAAACAGGGUUCACCAAAACUCGUGCUUCCUUGACUUUGGCGGCAGAAACUCUAAUGGAAAUGAUUGCAGAAGCAGGUGGAGAAGACAAGUCCUUUUUCUCCUCUUUCAAAGCUGGAAUACCACUUUCUACACACAGAAUCAUCAGAUAUCCACACAGAGAUCAGGAGAUACCACCACAUGCCAGAAUAUCCAAGGAUAAGAUAAUCUCAACUGGUGCUCAUGUGGAUUCAGGCUUUCUCACCCUUCUUGAAACCUUCGGGCAACCAGGACUAGAGCUGGAGCUAGACGGAGAUUGGAGAUCCGUUCUAGUUUCUCAAAACUUACUAGUUGUCAAUAUAGGAGAACAAUUAGCACGGAUGAGUUGUGGUGCGUUUCGAGCAACUAUACACCGAGUUGUGGAUAUUGGAAAGGACAGAAUAUCGAUGCCAUUCUUUUACGAGCCCCACUGUGACUUCAAUAUCAAUACAACUAUUCCCAAGAAUCUACUUGGAAAUGGAGAAAUACCGAGUAAGGAGUUUGUUCCUUUCGCAGCUUUCAUUCUCAAGAAACUUGUGAUUUAUGCCGAGUAUAGUGGUUUGUAUGAGAAUCUCCCAGACUGGAUAAAAGAAAGAUACUUGACUCCUAACCAUUUUACCAAGCUCUCAUGUUGGGCCCUGGACACUGAUCUCAUUAUAGACGGAGAGAAACAUUAAAAUAGUUUAUCACUAUACUUGAUCUUUAGAAAUAUAUUAUAAAUAAUAAUUCA